AUGGUGAUAUUAGCAGUGUUGCUAGCAGCACUGCUUCCUCCUGCAGUGUGCCAGGUGCGUCCUCUUAAAUGUGCCUUCAGUGAGCCCAUCCCUAUUCCUCACAAAUAUUAUCAACCAGGUGAUUUCAUCAUCGGAGGCAUUGCUUCUCAAAUGAUCCUGCUUUCUGAAGAGAAAACUUUCAAAAAAGACCCCAUUCAACAACAGAAUCGAGAACCUGUCUUUCUGACUAAACAUUACCAGCAUGUCUUGGCCUUGGCCUUUGCAGUAAAGGAAAUCAAUGAAAACCGCCAGAUCUUACCCAAUGUCACCCUGGGGUUCCACAUCUAUGACAGCUAUUUCAGUGCGAUGUGGACCUGUCAUGCAACCAUUGAGUUUCUUUCCACACUGAACAGAUUUAAGCCCAACUACAAAUGCGACACUCAGAGUAAUCUGGUCGCUGUCAUUGGUGGACUUAGCUCUGAAACUUCUCUACACAUUGCAAGCAUCCUGCAAAUCUACAAGAUUUCACAGCUGCAUCAUUUUCUCAGACGUGUCUCUUUUAACAAUAGUGCUGGAUAUGAGGUUUCCUUUGACCACAAUGGGGACUCGGUGGCUGGAUUUGAUGUCAUAAACUGGGUCUUUUUCCCAAACCAAUCCUUUCGCAAAGUUGACGUUGGAAAGAUGGAUUCCCUGCUUCCUCCAGAGGAAGCAUUCACCAUUAGGGAUGAUGUCAUCACUUGGCACACCUGGUUUAAUCAGGUGCUGCCCCUUUCUGUGUGUAAUGACUAUUGCCAUCCUGGUUACAGCAGGGAAAAGAAGGAGGGGGAACCAUUUUGUUGCUAUGACUGUGCCCCAUGCCCAGAAGGGAAGAUUUCAGACCAGAAUGACAUGGCUGACUGCAUUAAAUGCCCAGAAGACCACUAUCCAGGCAAAAAACAUGAUUCAUGCAUUCCUAAGGAUAUAAGCUUUUUGUCAUAUGAAGAACCUUUGGGAAUCAAUUUAGCCAUUUUUUCUCUUUCCUUUUCUUUAAUCACAGUGCUGGUACUAGCAACAUUUGUGAAGCACCAAGACACACCCAUUGUCAUAGCCAACAACCGAAACCUCACCUACACUCUCCUCGUCUCCCUCCUGCUCUGCUUCCUCUGUGCGUUGCUCUUCAUUGGACAGCCUCAUACGGUGACAUGCCUCCUCCGACAAACGGCUUUUGGCAUCAUCUUCUCAGUGGCUGUUUCCUGUGUGCUGGCCAAAACCAUCACUGUGGUUCUGGCUUUCAUGGCCACCAAACCAGGAUCCAGUAUGAGGAAAUGGGUAGGGAAAAGACUGGCCAACUCCAUUGUUCUUUCUUGCUCCCUUAUCCAAGCAGGCAUCUGUACAGUGUGGCUGACAACCUCCCCACCAUUCCCAGAUGUCGAUAUGCACUCUAUGAGUGAAGAAAUUGUACUUGAAUGUAAUGAAGGGGCACCUAUUCUGUUUUAUUGUGUGCUUGGGUACCUGGGUUUCCUGGCCAUUGUCAGUUUGGUGGUGGCUUUCCUAGCCAGGAAACUGCCUGACAGUUUCAAUGAAGCUAAAUUCAUCACUUUCAGCAUGUUGGUGUUUUGCAGUGUUUGGCUGUCCUUUGUUCCCUCUUACUUGAGCACCAAAGGGAAAUACAUGGUGGCUGUGGAGAUUUUCUCCAUCUUAGGUUCCAGUGCUGGGCUGCUGGGCUGCAUCUUCUUCCCCAAAUGCUAUAUUAUUGUCAUGAAGCCAGAGAUGAAUAAUAGGGAACAGCUAAUGAAGAGACCAAGUAAAAGCACGUAAGUGUCUAGAACUCCUGCUUCAGUCUGUAGGCUGCAGGCUUGCAAAUGCAUCAAUAAAAGUUUUAAAAUCCAUAUGAGAGUUGAUUCACAGAAUAAUUAAACCACAGGUUGGAACCUGCAGCCCAUAGGCUGAAUCCAGCACACCAGCCAGCUGUCAAUGGCCCAUCAGCCCUCAGAAAAAUUGGGCACCUCUUUCUGUCUUCGCAAAGGCUCUUCUUUCCCAGGCAUAGCUAAGAGAUAUUGCAUUUUACUAUUAAAGAGAAACAACAAUG